AUGGAAACCACGCCAUUACUAGCACGUCCAAAAAAGAAAUCGCUGUGGUCGAGGCUCAAGUUGAUGUUUUUUAAGCAGCGAGAACUAUGUUCUAGAGUAAUAUUUUUGGGUCAGCUUCCGGAAGAGGAGUAUCCACCCAACUAUGUUUGUAAUCAGAAAUACAACAUCAUCACAUUCCUGCCGCUGGUGUUGUUUGAACAGUUCAGGUUUUUUCUCAACCUGUACUUCCUGGUGAUGGCUUUAAGUCAGUUCAUUCCGAGCAUAAGAAUUGGUUACUUGUACACAUACUGGGGACCGCUAUGUUUUGUGCUUGCUGUUACACUAUUUAGGGAAGCCGUUGAUGACUUCAGAAGAUACAGACGAGAUAAAGAAGUUAAUCGUCAAUGCUAUGAACGUAUAGUGUUGGACUCAUCCAUCCAUGGCUACCGUCCGUUCAUCACAGAAAAUGUACCAGCUUCGUCCCUCCGAGUCGGCGAUAUUGUGAUGUUGCAUAAAGGACAAAGAGUUCCCGCUGAUAUGAUACUGUUAAGGACUAAUGAAACAAUGGGUACUGUGUUCAUACGGACGGAUCAGUUGGACGGUGAAAUUGAUUGGAAAUUAAGGAUACCUCUGCCAUCUACGCAGAAACUACUGACGGACGCUCAUUUAUUGGACAUAAACGCAAAAUUGUUCGUAGAUAAGCCAGAAAAAGAUAUACAUUCGUUCAUAGGCACCUGUACGAGAAUGGAUGAAGAAGAGUGCGAUUCCUUGGACAUAGAGAACACGUUGUGGAGCGGAUGUGUUGUGGCGUCGGGGCAAGCAACGGGUUUAGUUAUAUAUACAGGCUGUGAAACUCGAAGUGUGAUGAAUAAUGCAACUCCAAGGUCCAAAGUGGGACGUCUCGAUUUACGUAUAAACGACUUCACCAAAGUAUUAUUCGGAGCGACCUUCUUCACGUCAUUACUCCUUAUCAUUCUUAAAGGCUUCGAGGGUCCUUGGUACGGGUUCUUGUUCCGAUUCGUCCUUCUCUUCUCCUACAUCAUUCCUAUAAGUCUUCGAGUUAAUCUAGAUAUGGGCAAGGCUUUCUACUCAUGGGCCAUUCAGCGCGACAAACAGAUGCCGGGUACUGUGAUGCGCUCCACCACUAUACCUGAGGAGUUGGGCCGGAUCCAGUACCUACUUGCGGACAAGACCGGCACACUCACCAAAAAUGAGAUGUUCUUCCAGAAACUGCAUCUAGGGAACGCGCUGUUCGAUAAGAAUAAUUUCUAUGAGGUGGAAGCCCUGCUCACACAAUACAUAACAAACGACGCGUCCUCUUUACCAACCUCCCCGGUGUCGGAGGGCGAAGUCCUAGCGCCUACGCCGAGGCAGGUGUGGGAAUCAGUACUGGCGUUGGCCUUGUGUCAUAACGUCACGCCCGUUUAUGAAAUUGACGACACGCGAGCUGACGAGGCACAGUCCGAUAUGGGGAGUUCUGUAAUGUCGGAGAGCUGUGGAGGUGCUGUGCCCCAGCAGCAGCUGUGCGACUACCAGGCGGCCAGCCCCGACGAGGUGGCUCUCGUUAAAUGGACGGACAUGAUGGGCGUAUCGUUAUACCGUCGUGAUCUUCACAACAUAGCGUUGAAGCUGCGCGCUGCUAACGAGGUGAUGCAGUUCAACAUACUGCAAGUGUUUCCCUUCACCAGCGAGUCCAAGAUGAUGGGUAUCAUAGUUCAGGAGGAGAACACGCAAGCAAUAACGUACUACGUGAAAGGUGCUGACGUGGCUCUGUCCAAGCUGUUACAAUCUUCUUGGCUGCCGGCUGAGUGCUCCAAGUUAGCGGCCGAAGGUCUACGAACACUGGUCAUCGCUAAGAAGACUCUCACCAAGAACGAGUAUUUGGAGUUUGAGAGCGAGUACAAGGAGGCCCGCCUGAGUGUGACGGGACGCACGGAACGGACCGCAGCGUGUCUGGCGAAGCUGCACCGAGGACUGGCGCUGCUGGCUCUCACUGGCGUGGAGGACAGACUGGCUGACAGGGUGCCCGCUACACUAGCCAUGCUUAGGACGGCUGGGGUUAAGAUCUGGAUGUUGACUGGUGAUAAGUUAGAGACGGCGCUAUGUAUCGCAAGGUCGCUUCACCUGGGAGGUAGUGGGGAGUGGCGCGUGGCUCCGGACUGUAGCUCGAGGAGGGACGCGUACGCUCUCAUACACUCACUGGACAACGAUGAUUGCACCGACCUCAUUAUAGAGGGAGAGACAUUGGAGGUGUGUCUCCGUGCGUACGAGGAAGAGAUGGUAGAACUUCUCCAGAAGUGUACGGGAGUGGUGGUGGCGCGCUGUUCACCCACACAGAAGGCGAGGGUCGCGCGACUGUUGAGGGACAGAGAUCUGGUGGUGGCGGCCGUGGGGGACGGCGGGAACGACAUCUCCAUGAUACAAGAGGCUGAUGUGGGUAUAGGUAUCGAGGGUAUAGAAGGUCGUGCGGCGUCUCUGGCGGGAGACGUGAGUGUCCGGGAGUUCGCCCACGUCGCCCGCCUGUUGUUGCUGCACGGGAGACGGUCGCUCAUGCGCUCCGCCGCUCUCUGUCUGUUCAUUGUUCACCGAGGGCUGGUUGUAUCCACUAUGCAGGCCGUGUUCUCCGUCGUAUUCUACUUCUCUUCAGUGUCUCUGUAUCCUGGAUUCUUGAUGGUCGGUUAUGGAACCGUAUUCACUAUGUUACCGGUGUUUUCAUUGGUGUUGGACAAGGAUAUAUCGAGUACAACAGCUCUUCGUUAUCCUCAAUUAUACAAACAGCUGACUAAAGGCCGACAGUUGUCGUACAAAACUUUCUAUAUAUGGAUCGGAAUAUCUAUUUAUCAAGGUGGUGUUAUAAUGUACGGGGCGCUGGUUCUGUUCGAAGAACAGCUCAUCCACAUAGUAGAGAUCAGCUACACGGCGCUCAUCCUCACCGAGCUACUAAUGGUUGCAUUGACCGUGGACACAUGGCACCGCCUCAUGGUGCUCGCCGAGCUAGUCAGUCUGCUCAUGUACACCGCCACGCUGCUCAUAUUCACUUCAUACUUCGACGCCGACUUCAUCCGUCACUGGGAGUUCUGGUGGAAGGUGACCACUAUAACCCUGGUGUCCUGUCUGCCGCUGUACAUCGUUAAACACAUGCACAGGAAGUGGAACGAACGUCAGUACAAAAAUAUACGGAAAUAA